AUGGUGAAUAAGUGCAGUGUAACUGGUUGCAAAAGCCUGUAUUCGAAGGAAGACAAUGUCAAAGUUAGAUUACACAGGUUUCCUCUAUCGAAUCCAGAAACGCUACCCUUGUGGAUAGCUGCCACAGGUAGGGAAAAAGAUUGGAAACCUUGUAAAAGCAGUAGACUGUGUGGCAAUCAUUUUGAAAAUUCUGAAUACAUAAUUGGCCAUGGGAAAAAUGUUUUGAAGGCAACCUCGGUCCCAACGAUUGAAUAUCGUGUAGAUGUUUUGAGAUACAACAGAAGGAAGUCACUAAAUUGUUAUGAUAUGGAGCGAACAAAUAAACCUUUAAAAGACGAGCCAGUGGAGAGUAGUGAUACUAAUGUUGAAAUCGUCCAACUCGACUAUAAUGAUAUGUACAAUUUAAAGUACGAACAUCAAAAUAAGGGUGAAAAUUGUGAUCAAGGAGAAUCUUAUUAUAAAAAUGAAAAUGAAAAGUGUACAAAAAAAAAUGAUCAUCUUCAUGUUAUAAAGUUGGAGAAUGGUUAUAAUAACGGAGAUGAUGCUAGUCAUGACGAUGCCAUAAAGAACGAUUAUGAAGAUUUCAACUAUGAACUAAAAAAUGAUAUUUGUAACAGAGAAAACCAAUGUUACAUGUUUACAAGCAGUUUCAAGGAAGGCGUCGAACCUAUAGUUUUACCACCUCCAGAAGAACCAUUAAAUAUGAAUAUUGACCAAACAACAGCAGAUUUAAAUUUUAAGAAAAUUAUGGAUUUAAAAUUAAAAAAACAACUACGCACUAAAAAUAUUUAUUCAUUAUACUUCAAGGCUUUGAAAAAAAAAAGGUUUCGAAAACAAGAGAAGUAUAAAAAUUCUUUCAACAAUGAUGAUGCAGAUUCAUUUGCCGCAUUUAUAGGAGCUCAAAUGAAAGAUUUACGUCCAUAUAGAAAGGUGUAUUUAAGUGCAAAACACAAAAUUCAAAAAAUUCUUAUGAAAGCACAGCUUAAAAUAACAAAUUGA